AUGUGUGAACAACUUUCAACUUCAAUCUUGGUAUUACUAGGCGGCGGUCAUGCUGCUGGCAAAAGGACAGCGGCUCUCUCGAUCAAAGAGCAGCUACAAUCAAUGAUGGGGGAAUCACCACUCGAUGUGUUGGUAAUCAAUAUGAAUGAAUACACCGAUCACGAGCAAUCAUCCGUUGACCCGAGCCAAUUCCCCAGUUCAAAGUCAGCAGCGAUCACUGUGAAGAAAGAAGACAAGCACAAGGUUCCCGUUUUGAAGCCAUCCCGUUUCAACUUUCAAAAGCUAAAACAUGAUUUGAGAAAUCUAGAUCACGAAAGCAAAACCCAAAAAGUAGUGUUAGUACAUGGACUAUACGCUCUUUACGAUAAAGAUCUACGAGAUAUGGCUCACAUAAAAGUCUUUAUAGAUAGUGAUGCUGACACGCGGUUGAUCCGGUGGAUCAAGAGGGAUGUUCUUGAUAAAGAAACCGAAAAGUUGGAGACAGUCAUCAACGCUUACUUGUUGGGUGCUCGCAUUGAAAUGAGUGAUUACAUCUUCCCGACAAAGGAAUUCUGUGACGUGAUUAUGCCAAAGGGACCUGAACCAAACUCAGUCAGUUUAGUCAUUGAUGGAAUUUUGCUCUAUGUGUCAAAGAACUUACAACCUCAGCGCAUAGAUCUCCCAUUAAACUACUUAAGACCUAGCGAGAUAGGAAACUUUGAAAAGGAAAAGUUUGAUAUUCAAAAGAACAAGUUUUACCAAUUGAAUUGA